AUGAAGGCGGACAUACGAGAGUGCUUCCAAAGAAGGGAGACCGGUGUGUUUGGGGGGUUUUCUCGGGAAAGCUAUAUUCGGGAAAUAGUAAAGUACAUGCACGACCGAUACGAAAAGAAGCAGUGUGCAGAGCCUGCUGCAAAGAAGCCGGAGGCCAAAAAGAGCCGGCUGUCCUCGUUUGAGAACUACACUGAAACGACGUCCAUAAACAAGUGCACGAUGUGCGUGGUGGUGCCCAGCACGGGGCUGAUAGCUGAGAUUGUGGGCCGACUUCUGGAAAACCGAAGCGUUUUGGGGAAGGAGGUGAAGGACACGGAGUAUCGGAUUCUGGGGGACGAGUGCGACGACUUUAUGCUUCCGCUUAUGCACACCGAAAACGGAUUUGAAGAAGCAAGCAACAUGCAGGCAGACAUUCUGAUGACAACCACAAAGGCCUUGGUGACUCUGGGAGACCACAAAAUAGACCGGUCCAAGUACUUUAUAGCAGAAGAGGAGGGGCUGGCGGACUUUUCGCGGAAGGCCAAAAACAAGCUGAGCAUAUACGCAUUCCUGUCUGGCGUGGACACUGCUGUGUUUUUGGACGCAGACAUUCUGCAGCUGCAGAACGCGGUUUCACUCCGGGAAAGCGUGAAAAUACUGGAGGAGGCGCUUCCUGCGCCAAGGCAGAAGCUCAACCUGAGGUAUCUGAGCAGCGGCGCGGAGAAAAAGGCGUUUGUUUUUCUGGCAAACGUCAUCACGCCGUGCAUACUGGAGCUGGCAGGCCAAAUGCCGGAGCAUCGUGUAGUAAAAAAAGCUGCAGGGAGCCCCGCAAAGAAGGCAGGGCGCGCCAGAGCAGAGACCGAAAUCCAGAUAAAGUGGAACAAAAGCGUGCCCGAAAAGAGGUACAAGGACCACCACAUAAACACCCUUGCAAACGAGUUUGAGCGAACUCUGGUUAUUGUGCGCGACUCUAUAGAGAUGAAGGCCAUGCAGGAGGAGAUGCAAAGCAGCUCGAUGCUCACGGACAAAAGCAUUUUCUUUAUAGACGAGUUUACGCCUGGGAACAAAAUCAAAGACGAGCUGAAGGGGGGCGUGAAAAGGGUCUGGGUGAUCACCGAAAGGUUCAUAUUCUACAGGAGAAAGCGGCUAAGCAGAGUCAUUACGCCGUACAACCCGGUGAAGGUGUUUUCGUGCCACAUGGUGAACCCUCGCGUAUUGGAGCUGGCGCUCAAAGCCGUGGACCCGAAAAAAACAGAGCAUGCGCUGUAUGCAAGCCCCGUAAUACUAACAGCCUCGGACGAAAAGGAGAAGUACAUUAUAGAGGAGCUGCUGGGCAAGGAAGUCAGCACAGACGAGCUGUUUGCGUAUUCGGACGAAGUAACAGUGUGCCCGAUCGAAUAG